AGGUGGAGCCGAGCCGAGCCGAGCCAGCCGAAUACCAGCCCUUUUCUCAUUUUCCAGGGGGUCCCGCUCGGGACAGGUGUCGGUACCUGAGUGGUAUGUGCGCGCCACGUCAGCGGAUGACGUGGCGCGCACGAACCACUGAAUAUUUUCUCCCUGCGCAGACGAGCCGAACUUCAUGGCCGAUCGUUGCGCUCCAUCGUCGUCGAAGAUGCUUUCAUCUCUCAAGUAGGAGUCUCACGAAGCUCCGCUUGAUUUCAGUUCACGUCCAUUUCCGCCGAUGCAAUCGCCGGUGACGAUUCUGAGCUCUCUGUUCAUCACAUCGCCUUCGUUUUCUCGUUGAUGUUUCGAAAACUUGGAGUUUAACACGAUGGUUAAGCUUGAGUCUUCGUUGGAGGAUGAUUCUGGUUCGCUGAAAUGCAGCAAAGUGAAGAAUAAUGUGAAGAGAAAGUCAAAGACUAAGAUCGAAGAGUAUCUCGAGCGUGUUAUGCGGAAAGCUGCCAUGUCUGCCGAGGAGGAUCUGGAAUUGGAAAGGAAGCUUGCCAAGAAGCUCAAGGUGAGAGGAUGGAAAGCCACGGGGGUCAGGCAAUGGAAUGAAUAUGUUAUUUAAAGGAAUUCCUUCUAUUCUUGAUUCUUUUGAACAAGAAGCACCAGGGGUAAGAGAAAAUCAUAGCGAAAGAUUUGAAGGUAAAUCUUCAGGGGAAAAAAGUGAAAUGUCCAACUUAGCGCAUACAUAGGAUGAUGGAAAAGCUGUUCAUGUUAAGGCUGGAGCCUGUGACUCAGUAGAAACCUCUUCAUUUCAGCUCUCCAGCCGCGCGUGUCUUAUUCUUCAUGCAUUUCAACAAAAGCAAAUUUCACCAGUUUGGCGAUGUUAAACAGGUGGUAUUAAAAUUCUGGCAAUUACAGAAGCAUUUGGCGAAUCAGGGUGAAGAUGACAGUCCAAAGACAUUACCUUUGAUGAACUUUUAGUUGCUUUUGUUAAUUAGCUUUCUCAGAAAAUGCUGCUAACGUCACUUCAGGUCUGGGAAAACAUAGCUUGCAUAUACCCUGUGUUACUACUCAGGUUGGUCUGAAUUGGAUAUUAGGUUUCUGUCGUUAACUUCUGUUGCCUUUGUUGUUCAGAUAAACAAUGCCAAAUAGUAACAUAAUGACUGAAUUUCUAUGAAGAGUAAAUAUGUGGGCGAUCUUGGCAUCAGAACGUGUGUAUCAGCUGCCAACUCACAUGAGAGGAGGAAAUGGCAAGGUAGCUUGUAUUGACACACAGUGAACUUUUCACCCUGAUUGAAUCGUACCAACUGCUGAGAGAUUUGGCAUGGAUCCUGGUGCGGUCCUAGAUAAUAUCAUUUAUGCCCAUGCCACUACUUCUGAGCAUCAGUACAACUUGCUUCUUGGUUUGGCCGCCAAAAUGUCUGAAGAACCAUUCAAAUUACUGAUUGUGCAUUUGGUGAUUGCUCUCUUCCAAGUGGAUUUUACUGGAAGAGAACUUGCAGAGCGCCAGCAAAAAUUGGCACAAAUGCUCUCAUGUUUUAUUAAGAUAGCUGAGGAAUCUAACGUGGCAGGGUACAUGACCAAUCAAGUUGUAGCUGAUCCAGGCAGAGGUGUGUCAUCAGACCCAAUGAAACCUGCAGGCGGGCAUGUUCUGGCUCGUGCAGCCAUGGUUAGGUUGAUGUUUAGGAAAGUCAGAAGGGUGCAGCAUGUCUCCAAGGUGUUUGAUGCCCCAAAUGUACUGACGCUGAAGCUAUGUACUUUUUGUGCCAAAUCUUCCUCUGAUUAUAUAAUUGAUUGAAACUUAUCACAUCAUACUGCAGAUACUAAGUAGAAUAUCUAGAAGUCUAUAUCAAAUCUGUGAGAAAGUUGAUACUGCGUCUAGGGAUUGGUGGAUACCUGAUUUAAGCAUGAUACUCACAGUAUAGUUGAUGUUGCCUGGAGAUCCAUGAACAUUUUGAAUACAAAUUUUGUGCAAAGGAA